AUGCCAGCGAAUGCUCCUAUCCCGGGGAAAUUCGAAGAGGAUCCUAGGGUACAUUUCGACAAGACCGCAGGUAAAUGGCAAUAUGAAGAUGACGAUGGAACGGAAUAUGAAUGGACGGGUCAGGCUUGGAUACCAUUGAUCGAUGAAGAGCUAUGGAAAGCUCAACAAGCUGCAUAUUCCGUAGCAGGAGUAGAUGAGAGUACACCAGCAAAUGCAGUAGUAGCUCGAGACGAAAAACGUAAUAAGAAACGUAAAAAGGGUGAAAAAGAUUAUACGUCAAAUACAAAGGAUGUGAAAGAAAUACCUAAUGCUCAAGCUUCUUCAUCAACAUCAACAUCAAAACUUCAACCUCAAUCACAGCAACAACAAAUUCCUGCAAUCAAGAAAACAGCUGUGUGGGUGACUAAUCUACCACCGAAUACUACGGUCGAUCUGUUAGCUAGUGUAUUCACAAAAGCUGGUGUCCUGUUGAUUGACGAUGAAGGUAAUCCAAGAAUCAAGCUAUAUCAUGAUGAUGAAGGUAAAUUUAAAGGCGAAGCUUUGAUAAUGUACUUCAAAGAAGGCUCAGUAGAUCUAGCUAUAACUCUGCUAGAUGAUACAGAAUUGGAAUUAGGUUCAGGAUACGGUAAUAUCAAAGUUAAAGUUGCAGAAUAUUCUGAUAGAGAUAAAGAGAAGGACAAAUCAGAGGCUAAAAAGGAAGAUAAGAAAGAUUCUGCUGAACAUGCUUAUUCGAGAGGUGAGAAGAAGAAAUUGACCGCAGAAGAAAAGCAUAAAAUGACUAAAAGGAUCAAGACUAUGCAAAAUAAAAUCGCUUGGCAUUCAGACGAUGAUUCGGAUGAUCCCGGUGCUCCACUUGAAGGCGCUCCUAAACCAUUUUCCAAUCGAUUCAAUCGAGUCGUGGUGCUUAAAGGCAUGUUCACACUGGACGAUCUGGCGAAAGACCCAGGAUUAUUACUCGAGUUGAAAGAAGAAGUGAGGGAUGAAGCUGAGACGUUAGGGAAGGUCACCAGUGUAGUACUAUAUGACAAAGAAGAAGAUGGAGUGAUGACUAUUAAAUUCAAAGAUCCCAUCGCUGCUCAAGCUUGUGUAACGAAAAUGAACAACCGAUAUUUCGAUGGAAGAGUAAUAUACGCAGGGAUAUAUACAGGAAAAGAAAGAUUCCGUAAAUCAGGUGGAAUCACUUCAUUUGGGGAUGAUGAACAAACCGAGAAAGAAGAAAGAGAGAGAUUGGAUAAUUUCGCUCAAUGGUUGGUUGAAGGAGAAGAAGAGAAUGAUAGACAAUAA